UUGAGUGAAAGAGGAACAAACAUUCAUACAUAAAAACAUACUUAUUACGUGCCGGAUAGAAUUUUUUUUUCGACAUCGCAGUUAGUUAGUUUUAGUGCCUGUAACCUGGCCUGAUUUCCCCCACAGCCAGAGGAAAAGCGCAGCAUACUCCUUAAAUGGAAUUUUUUUAUUUUGUUUUAAAAUAACAUACACUGAUACACUGUACACUUAACAGAAGUUUCCUGUAUCGUACCACACAAACGCCUGUCCUACAAGGGGAUCGAACCCGCGACACUUCGUGCUCGGUGGGUUUUGCGUGCUGAUCAUUCGGAUAUUCGUGAAGACAAAACCUUGUGUGAGCAGUGAGUAUGUAAGUUACUCUUUUAUCUUCUUUACAUCCUUUUUGUACCUAUAACUUAUUACAUAGCCUUACGUUCCACACGCAGAAAGUUCUAGAAGUACCUACAUCAGUACCAUAGCUGUCGCAGGAUAGCUUGUGAAUUUAUUGUUAGUCAAUAGAUAGAAACCUACCUAGAUAAAUGUUACAUGUGAACCACAAUAUGAUCAAUAAACACAGGUAUGCAAUGAAAACAAAUACCGAUCGUUGUUCAUACAAUAUUAUUGUUUAAACUAAGGUAUUUUAUGUGCCGACCAUGUCUUGAUUUGUAUGUUACAAUAGAUACUCACGCACACUUCUUUAUUUUGGUGAAGAUGAUCUAAAAUUCUCAAAUAACGUAAUUGUUUACAAUAUGGCCCUUACUAGAACAAGUGGUUGUGUAAUCUAGUCAUUAUUAGACGAAACGUUUACAAACAUAUUCUAUUGUGACUUUCGUCUUUGAGUCAUCACGGCCAGAUAGUUUUUUUCACUACGCUUUAGUAUGAGACUGAACUCACUCACAGAUGGAAGUGUUCAUACUAGCGGUGUGGCUGUGUGUUGCCACCGCCGAACUCGCGCAGGACUUGGCGCACAUCGAGGACUUCAUUCAGCAGAAACGGUACCUACUCAAGAAGAAAUAUCGACCGAUGUAUCACAUAUCAGCACCGGUGGGCUGGCUCAACGAUCCCAAUGGAUUCAUAUACUUCAAGCGGCAGUUCCACAUAUUCUACCAGUAUCAUCCGUACAAUGGCGCAUGGGGCCCGAUACACUGGGGACAUGUGAUCAGUGACAACCUCGUCGACUGGGCUUUCUACCCGCCUGCGCUCGUGCCUAAGGACCACUACGACAAGCACGGCUGUCUCUCUGGCUCCGCAGUCAUCCACAACAGUUAUUUGACUCUGUUUUACACUGGACAUGUGAUGACCAACAACAAGACUCAUCAAACCCAAAACGUUGCGAUCAGCGCGGACGGUAUUAUCUUCCAAAAAUAUCUGUAUAACCCAGUUGUACGUGAAGGACCUUACGGGAAUCAAGACUUCAGAAAUCCUAAAGUGUGGAGAUUUAGAAACUCGUGGUACAUGCUCAUCGGAACAUCGAAUCUAAAGGAGGCAUAUUUACUCCUAUAUACAUCUCCUGAUUUGUUUAACUGGAAACUGAAUGGCACUAUAGCUAAAUCAUACGGAGACAUGGGCCACAUGUGGGAGAGUCCAGAUUUCUUUGAAAUGGAUGGAUUUAACGUUCUUAUUUUAUCAGUUCAAGGUAUACAAGGCGACGGACAUCGAUUUAGAAAUUUAUAUCAGACCGGUUAUGUGGUCGGUAAUUUUAAUUAUUUAAAUGGACAAUUCGAAGAUUUAGAGAUUUCAACAGCGACCUUCAAUGAAUUGGAUUUUGGGCACGACUUCUAUGCUGCGAAAACUAUGCAGUCUCAUGAUGGCAGAAGAUUGUUAGUGGCCUGGUUGGGAAUGUGGGAGAGUGAGUUCGAGGAGUCAAACGACGGCUGGGCGAGUAUGCUGACUUUAGUGAGGGAACUGAAACUCACAUUCCAAGGUAGAAUUCUGAUGGUGCCUGUUAGGGAAAUUGUUGAACUUCGGGCCGAAGUUUUAGAAGAUGCGUGGUACAGCCCUGGAGAGGCGUUUUACGCGGGCUCGAGGGCGUUCGAGAUGCUCGUUAACUCGAGCACGGUCAUGUACGACGCCGCAAUUGUUUUAGAGUGGAGCGGAGAGCGGCAGUACACGAUAGCGUAUUCAUCAGACCGCGGCUUCGUGAGCGUGGACCGCGGAGGAGCCGACGGCAUCAGGAGAGCUGACUGGAAUCCCGUCAAUCAUAUUCACUGGCGAAUCUUCGUAGACUACAGUUCCAUAGAAGUGUUCUGCGGUAUGGGAGAAGUUGUGUUCUCAAGUCGUAUCUAUCCGAGGAAAUCUAUGCGCAUUAGAAUUGCUGGGGAUACACAGUUACAUGUGACACAAUAUCGGCUUAGACGCAGCGUCGGCUACGACAACAAACUACGAAAGCAAUUGAAGAAUCACGUAGUAAACAGGUAUCAUUAGAGCAUGACACAUUGAGAAUGUUUAUUUUGUAACAAUUGCAGCGUACGCGAGAUAUUCCACGAUCUAAGAUCUCACUUAAACAAUUGUAUUUAUUGGUCGUACAUUUGAAAACCUUAGGCGUUUUGGCAUACUGCUACUUGAAGUCAAGUGAACAUCAUGUGAAAAGUGUUAGGUGUAUCUAGCCUUAUUUUUUUAUCAAUGGACUUUUUUUUGGAAGAAAAUUUUUGACUUGUGAUUUUCGUAAUUAGGAAUUUAAUUCGGUCGGUAGGUGAAUAGAUAUAGGUUAAACACAACAUUUUGUAUAAUUAGUUUGUAUUGAAUGAGUACCUUUUUAUACAGAUAAAUAAAUUAAGUUCACAUAUCUACUUAUUUCCUGG